GUCAGGUAGCGUUUUAAGUCCCCAGAAAGUUUAGAAUAUCGAAGAAGAGGUCUAAACUAUAUGAAACCGCACAAAUUUAAGAGUUCUUUCGAGAUUUAAUUUUGGCAGAUUUCCCUCAAGGUAGCAGGGUACACUUAGAUUCCGGCUUGUAGAUUAGGUCUGUCUGGGUGGGCAGGAGGGCAUAUGGAUGGAAUAAUGAGUCUCAUGUGAACCUUUUUGUCAUUAAUUUUUCUCAGCAACUACUUAUCCAAACUGCAAGAAACUUGUACAUGACCCCUAUUGAUUUUGGGGUCACUUGGUCAAAGAUCAAGGUCACAGGGACCUGAACAUUGAAAAUGGUUUCCGCUCAAUAUCUGGACAAGUAUUUCACUUAGCACCUUUACUCUUCAUAGGUUUGUUGGUCUUUGAUGUAUACAUGACCCCUAUUGAUUUCAGGGUCACUGGGUCAAAAAUCAAGGUCACAGGGAUCUAAAUAUUGAAAAUUGUUUCUGCUCAGUAUCUGGACAAUUAUUUUACCUAGGACCUUGAAACUUCAUAUGUAUGUUGGUCUUGAUAUGUACAUGAACCCUAAUGAUUUCAGGAUCAAAGGUCAAGGUCACAGGGAUAUAAACAUUGAAAAUGUUGUUUUUCUUUCUUUGAUUUAUUUACGCCAAUUUAUGUCUUUAAUUUUAUUUUCUACCUGUCCAUUUCUUUUUUGCCCUUUUUCCUUUAAUAGUGCUUAUCAAUUUGGGGGUUUAUUGUAUGCAUUUAUUAGAACUUUAAUCAUUAUGUCUCCCCCAGGAGACAUAUUGUUUUUGCCCUGUCUGUCCGUCCGUCUUUCCAUCCUUCCGUCCGUCCGUCACACAUCAUUUCCGAGCAAUAACUGGAGAACCAUUUGACCUAGAACCUUCAAACUUCAUAGGGUUGUAGGGCUGCUGGAGUAGACGACCCCUAUUGUUUUUGGGGUCACUCCAUCAAAGGUCAAGGUCACAGGGGCCUGAACAUUGAAAACCAUUUCCGAUCAAUAACUAGAGAACCACUUGACCCAGAAUGUUGAAACUUCAUAGGAUGAUUGGUCAUGAAGAGUAGAUGACCCCUAUUGAUUUUGGGGUCACUCCGUCAAAGGUUAAGGUCACAGGGGCCUGAACAUUGAAAACCAUUUCCAAUCAAUAACUAGAGAACCACUUAACCCAGAAUGUUGAAACUUGAUAGGAUGAUUGGUCAUGAAGAGUAGAUGACCCCUAUUGAUUUUGGGGUCACUUUGUCAAAGGUCAAGGUCACAGGGGCCUGAACAUUGAAAACCAUUUCUGAUCAAUAACUAGAGAACCACCUGACCCAGAAUGUUGAAACUUGAUAGGAUGAUUGGUCAUAAAGAGUAGAUGACCCUUAUUGAUUAUGGGAUUACUCCGUCAAAGGUCAAGGUCACAGGGACCUGAACAUUGAAAACCAUUUCUGAUCAAUAACUAGAGAACCACUUGACCCAGAAUGUUGAAACUUCAUAGGAUGAUUGUACAUGCAAAGUAGAUGACCGCUGUCGAUUUUGGGGUCACUCCAUUAAAGGUCAAGGUCACAGGGGCCUGAACAUUGAAAACCAUUUCCAGUCAGUAGCUUGAGAACCACUUGACCCAGAAUGUUGAAACUUAAUAGGAUGAUUGGUCAUGCAGAGUAGAUGACCCCUAACGAUUUUGGGGUCACUCUGUGAAAGGUCAAAAGGUCACAGGGGCCCGGACAUUGAAAACCAUUUCUGGUCAGUAACUUGAGAACCACUUGACCUAGAAUGAUGAAACUUCAUAGGAUGAUUGUUCUUGCAGAGUAAAUGACCCUUAUUGUUUUUGGGGUCAUUCCGUUAAUGGUCAAGGUCACAGGGGCCUGAACAUUGAUAACCAGUUCCGAUCAAUAACUUGAGAACCACUUGACCCAGAAUGUUGAAACUUCAUAGGAUGAUUGAACAUGCAGAGUAGAUGACCCCUAUUGAUUUUGGGGUCAGUCUAUUAAAGGUCAAGGUCACAGUGACCUGUUCAUGUAAAAUCAUUUUUUGGAAAUAACUUGAGAACCACUUGACCUACAAUGUUGAAACUUAAUAGGAUGAUUGGACAUGCAGAGUAGAUGACCCCUAUUUAUUUUGAGGUCACUUGAUCAAAGGUCAGGGUCACAGGAGCCUGAACAGUGACUUGAGAACCACUAGGCCACGAGUGUUGAAAUUUAGCGGGAUGACUGGACAUGCCAAGUAGAUGAUCCCUAUUGCAGCCAACCAUCAGUGUCUCUUUGACUUUCGCUCCUGACCCCUAUUGACUUCUUGCCUAUAGCACUUUGCAUUGGGGGAGACAUGCGCUUUUUUGCAAAAGCAUUUUCUAGUUAUCCCCUUAUUCAGAAAACCUGGUCAAAACACCAUCAGGCGUUACCUGCUAAUGUUACAUAAUAAAUUUUAUUGAAACCUAAAACAGUUCUGAAACAAUGGCAUUAAUUCUUUUUGAAUUAUGACAAAAUUUUAAUGUUUUUUACUAUAUCUCUGUUGUGACUAAAUAGACUCAAACCUUAAAUGAUUGUGCCACAUCAACAUCACACGACACAAGGACAAAUAUUUCAUGAACUGUGCCCCUUUUUACUUUGAAUUUCAUGUAGAAUUUUUUAUGCACUUACACUCUUUUGUUAUUAGCUCACCUGUCACAUAGUGACAAGGUGAGCUUUUGUGAUCACCCUUCGUCCGUCGUCCAUCCGUGCGUGCAUAUGUCAACAAUUUCUUGUCUGCACGAUAGAGAUUUCAUUUAUAAUUUUAUUUUAACCAAACUUGCACAAAACUUGUAUCACCAUAAGAUCUCAGUUCCUUUCUUAAACUGGCCAGAUCCCACUAUGGGUACAAGAGUUAUGGCCCCUGAAAGGGCCAAAAUCAGCUAUUUUGACAUUGUCUGCACAAUAUCAGCUUCAUUUAUGAUUUUAAUUUAAUCAAACCUGCACAAAACUUGUGUCACCAUAUGAUCUCAGUUCCUUUCUUGAACUGGCCAGAUCCCAUAAUGGGUUCCAGAGUUAUGGCCCCUGAAAGGGCCAAAAUUAGCUAUUUUGACCUUGUCUGCACAAUAGCAGCUUUAUUUUUGAUUUGAUUUUAGCCCAACAUGCACACAACUUGUAUCACCACAAGAUCUCAGUUUCUUUGUUGAGAUUCCAUCUUGGGUUGCAGAGUUAUGGCCCCUUAAAGGUCCAAAAUUUACUAUUUUGGCUUUUGCAGCCAUAAUUAUAGAGACUUCAUUUAUAGUUUGAUUUGAUACAAACUUCCGAAAUAUUUUCAACAAGAAUAAAUCUUGGAUUCCAUGACGAAUCUGUCAGAUCCAGUUGUAGGUUCCAGAGUUAUUUUAUAUCUGAUUACCUCCCCUGAUUGUAAUAAAAAUUGAUUUAUAUCAGUAAGUACUUAUAGGACUUAUUUGAACUUUCAUUAUUGUCAUUAGUUGGACUCAGACAAUUAGGGUAGAUACAUAUGGACUGAUUUUAUGUCAAAUUACCUCCCUUUAUUUUAAAUUAAAGUGGGUAUAUCUCCAUAACUAAUGAAUAUACUGAUUUGAAAUUUCAUUUAUGUCAACAGAUGGACUUGGACAAUCCGUGAAGAUACAUAUUGACUGAAUUUAUGACAAAUUACCUCCCGUUAUUUUUUAUCUAAAUGAAUAUGCCUUAGCAGCUUCUAAUGAGAUUGGUUUGAAACGUUAUUUAUGUCUUCCAUGGUAAGAAAUAGUCAUAUUAGAUAACUCUUGAUUUAAACAUUUAUCAGUAUGAAUACUUUACUUGCAUAUUGUUGUAUAGGCUUGCACUCCGUAUCUUCUACAUGCAUAUACCAAUGCAUGAUUACCUCCCCUGAUUUUAAUAAAAAUGGAUUUAUCUCGGUAAAUAUUUAUAGAACUCAUUUGAAAUUUCUUUACUGUCUAUAGUUGGACUGAGGCAAUCAGGGUAGAUAGCUAUGGACUGAUUUUAUGUCAAAUUACCUCCCUUCAUUUCAAAUUAAAAUGAGUGUAUCUCAGUAACCAAUGAAGAUACUGAUUUGAAAUGUCAUUUGUGCCAUCAAAUAGACUCGGACAAUGAGGGUAGAUAACUUUUGUCUGAAUUUAUGACAAAUUACCUCCCUUUAUUUUAUGUAAACAAAUAUAUAUUGGCAGCAUCUAAUGAGAUUGGUUUUAAAUGUUAUGUUAUUGAAGUCUUCCAGGGUAAGGAAUAGACAUGUUAGUACAAAAAUGCAGCAUUUGAGCCUAGGACCCUCAAACUUGGUAUGGAAAUUGGCCCUGACUAGGUCAAAAGGGACUGUUACAUUAGAAAAUGUUUAUCCUGAUGAUAUUUAAUGUGUAUGCCUAUGUGCUCUAUGUCAAAAUUUGAUCAUAUCAUUUUGAGCAAUGGUACUCAGGUGAGCGAUACGGGGCCAUCAUGGCUCUCUUGUUACUAAACAGAUUCAAUCAAACUUAAAAAUAGUUGUUGCACAUCAUCAGCCUCAUCACAGACAUAUGGUGCUUUACUCAGUGGUGAUCAGUAUGCUUACUGUAAGGUAUGCCAGUCCAAUUUUGGAAUCUGCAAUGGGGGAAAGAAUGAUGUUGAGCGUCAUUUAAUGACUCCAGUGCAUGUCUAUAGUAUGAAGUCAUCUAAAUCUACACCGUCAAUUUCCUCUAUGUUUACUGCUGUCCAAGACCUGCUGACAAAGAAAGUGACUAAUGCAGAGGUUUUGUUCACUACAUUUGUGGCCGAGCACGAGCUGUCAUUUAAUAUUGCAGACCAUUUCACUCGCUUAGUACCACUGAUGUUCCCCGAUUCCAGCAUUGCCAAGAAAUUCGUUUGUGGAAGACAGAAAACCGUAAUAUUAUCAACCAUUCUGUUGCUCCAGAAAUGUGUAAUAAUGUGAUUGAUUUGUGUAAACAUGAAAAGUUCAGUGUUCUCAUUGAUGAGAGUAAUGACAAGGGAGAUAAAUGUGUCGCCAUUCUGGUUAGAGUUCAUGAUUCGGUAGUGAAGCGUGUUGUCACCAGAUUCUUAGCCAUGCCGAUCUGCAACAUUGGUAUGGGAUCUAACGUCUUUGGCUGUCUGCAGACCGUGCUAGUAGACCGGGACAUUCCGUGGCAGAAUCUAAAAGGAUAUAUGAGCACAACGCCAAUGUUAUGGUUGGGCAGCAUAACUCUGUCCUGUCAAGGGUUCGUGAACAGCAACCAAACGUGUACGAUCUGGGCUGUGUCUGUCACAUAGCAAAUACAUGUGUUCAACAUGCUCUGAAGAAGCUGACAACUGGGGUUGUAGACCUACUCAUUGACACCUUUUACUACUUCCUCCACAGUUCCAAGACAAAGGAAGAGUACCAGGGGUUUGUUGAUUUUGUAGAGCUGGAAGAUCCUGGAAAGCUCCUGAAACACUGUCCAACUAGAUGGAUAUCCCUUCACAAGUGUGUGAAACAAUCACUGGUGCACUGGCCAGCACUGAAAUCUUACUUUGACAGCCAGCCAGAAGUUGAGAAGAAAGGGUCUCGUGUAAAACGAUGUGCCUCCAAACUUCAUGAUGAAGUCCUCUACAUGACCUACCUUUUCCUAGAUUACAUCUUAGAACCAAUUAUUGGCUUCAACACGACCUUCCAGGCAAAUGAGGCAAUGGUGGGCUAUCUGCAUCCAGAGAUGAAACGUUUCUUCAAAACCAUGCUCAGCAAGUUUGUCAAGAUAAGGGUCAUUACCAGUGCUACCAAUGUUACUAAGGUGGACUUCAAGAAUCCUGACAACCUGGCUGUUGGUAUGGGUGUUAGAGAGUACCUUAGCUCCAACCCUGACAUUGACUCCAGAGCUGUUGAAACCUUCUUUAAGCAGGACCGGCUAGGAUCAAUGUACUGUUGCAGGCAGGACCGGCUAGGAUCAAUGUACUGUUGCAGGCAAGACCGGCUAGGAUCCAUGUACUGUUGCAGGCAAGACCGGCUAGGAUCAAUGUACUGUUGCAGGCAGGACCGGCUAGGAUCAAUGUACUGUUGCAGGCAAGACCGGCUAGGAUCAAUGUACUGUUGCAGGCAGGACCGGCUAGGAUCAAUGUACAGUUGCAGGCAAGACCAGCUAGGAUCAAUGUACUGUUGCAGGCAGGACCAGCUAGGAUCAAUGUACUGUUGCAGGCAAGACCAGCUAGGAUCAAUGUACUGUUGGGAAGUUUUGGAUUUAGUGCUGUUUUAGCUCACCUGAACUUUAUAUAGGGUGAUCUAUUAGUAUAGGUGGAUGGUUCGGCAUCUGUUGUUCAUUGUCUUCGUCCUUCACACUUCAUCAACAUUUUUACUGAAACAUCUCCUCUGAAACUAUUGGUCAGAAUUAUACCAAACUAGGUCAGUAGCAUCCUGGCACAGACUUCUAUCAAGUUUGUUCAAAUAGUUCACCUUAGCCCUUUUAUGGGGCCACCAGAGCUUAAAAUUGAAAAUUUUUAAAGAACAUCUCAUAAACCGCUUAAUGGAUCUUCAUCAAACUUGGUCUGUAGCGUUAUAAUGAGAGUCUCUCCCAGUUUUGUUCAAAUGGGACUGGUUGACCCUAAGAUUUUAAGGAGCCACAAUAGCUAAAAACAGAAAUGCUUUUAAACGACUUUUUCUCAUGAACUGCUUGAUGGAUCUUCAUCAAACUUAAUUUGUAGCAUCAUUAUAAGGUCACUCAAAUGUUCUUUGGGGAACUGAACAUUAGCAAAUUCCAUCAGAUGUUUAUGCUAUGUCAAAAAUCAUAACUUUCACAGACUGACGAACAAGCUUGAUAUGCAAAUGACCAUAAAGGGAGGAACUUUUGUUGAGACUAUUUUUUACUGCAGUUAUCACUCUUUGAUAGUUUAGCUGACAGUGUAUAGACUUUAGAAAAAAAUGUGUCCAACUCCUUCCACAAUAUUGAAGGAUAUGUUUGAAGGUUUCAGAGAUAAAGGACCUUGAUAUGAAGAUGACCAUAAAUAAUGGACCUUUCUCUAUUGCUAUUUUUUUUUUCUAGAAUUAUGGCCCUUUCUUAAUGUCACAAAAUAGGCCCAGGUGAAGAAGUUUGGUGGUUUCAACUCCAUAUACACUUUUUGAAGGAAUGGAUUCAAAAUUACUCAGAUGCACAACCUUAUCUGAUUAUGACCAUAAACGACUGACAUGGAAACAAUUGACCAGUUGCAUCCAGUCAAUCAGACAAAUCGAUAAUCCAAUCUGAUACUGAUUUUUGACACACCUCCAUGCACCGCUUAUUGCCACCAUUUUCCUUCAAUAAGCUGAAUUGUCGAUGUUCUUAGAUACAAAGCAGUUUACCUUGAAAAAAAAAAAGCUAUAUUAUGUAACAUAAGUCUGUCAAAUCAUGAUUAAAAGAUGUCAGUGGGGACUGUGUUAUAUUAGACAGUCGGUAUCAAGAUCGUUUAGUGGGAGAUAUACAGUUUAUGGAGCUGAAAAAAAACCUUGGAAAUUGCAAAAGCAUGCUGCUGUCCUCACAGUUAGCUGAACAUUAGCAAUGUUAUUGGAAAUUACCACAUGCAUGUUUGUUCAAAGGUGACGACAGUGUAUUUCAUAUUUAUAAUCAGUUUCCUUAGACGAAUGCAAUAUGUUUAAAUUUAAAUGUUCUAAACCUACAAACACAUCAGACCAAUCGAAUAUCUGACUUGGCAGAUUACGUCAAAUUCAUGCGCUUCCUUCACCAAAUAUGGGAGUAUAAGCUGUGUUUUAACAUGGAUCUAAUUUGCAGACAAACUGACAUUUAUUUUAUCCUAAUACACUCAACAAAAUUCCUAAUUGGUCAGUUUAUAGUGAAUUAAUUUACUAUUUUGUUAACAAUGCAUGUAUUCGCACGAAAUUUCACAUAAUUAGCUGCAGUACCUAUUCAAAUGUCGAUAUGUGAAAUUUCUUGUAAAUACAUGCAUUAUUAACAAAAUAGUAAUACAAUAUAAACUGACCAAUUAAGAAUUUUGUUAAGUGUAGAUAUGAACUUCUUCAGGGUGGCAGCUGAUGAACUUUGUAGAAGAUUGGUUUAAAAGCAUUUUCCCUGAGGGUUGUUGGACUGAGAAGUAUCCCGAUCCUGUUCCAGCAGACACAGUCAGUUUUAACAAAUACACAUCUGCCAGGCAACAGCAAAAAUGUCAUAUGGCUACAGACCCACUGAAGAGAAGAAGAAGACUUUUAUCUUAAAUUGUUGUUAGAACCAAAUUUAUCAAACAUCGAAUGGAUCUGCAGAAAUACCAACAUCGGAGCCAGCUUCAAGCAGUAUUUAAAUACAUCAAAAG